AGAUAAAAUCUAAAAAAACAGAGGUGUCGAGUUGAAAAGUGGAAGAAAAACAAGGGACUCCGUCCCAGAUAAAGAAGACUUCUUUUCACAUCCGCCAUCAGAAAAAAAAAAGUCUCCUAAAUUGUUGCAGCAAAUAAGCACCAAUCCUGUAGCCUUCUUUAACUCUCAUCACCUCCUCCAAAUUUCAAAGCUUUAUUAUUUUAUUACCUACUCUCAUAAACCUUCAAGCACAUGCCAUUAUUUUACACCCUUUUUGGGUUUUUCUUGCCGAGUUUCAGCCUUUUCAUUGAGGUAAAGCAUCUGUUUUAUUGCUUUUGUUUUACUCCUCCUCCUGAGUUGGUGAGCGAAUGUGUUUACUUUGGGAUUGCAUGUUAAGCAGAAAGGUUGAAUUUAUUUUCUAUACUUUCAGGGAUUGAUGAAUGCUCAAUUUGGAAUAUUGGGAUUAUUGUUUUUGUUACAAAUUCUAUAACAAAUCUGAUUUUGGUUUUUUUUUUCUUGGAUAUAUAAUGCCUGGCCCUGGGUUGUAUUUAGGCAUUUUCAAUUUGAUUUGAUUUAUCAUCUCCAUCUCUGAUUUUGAUUCAAUAGGAGUGGAAUUUUAAUGCAGAAUAUAGUGAGUAACCAUUAAGGAUCUGGAGCUCAAAUUCAUUUGUUUGCAAGUUGGAAGUUGGCAUAUUGGAUUGACUAAGUAGUGGAUUGUGCUAUAAAAACAAUGAAUCUAGCUAGGGAACGUACAAUGAGAGAUGGCUAUGCAGAGGAAAUGGACAGAGAACUCUCUGCGGAGAUUCCCCUUAUGAGUACCCCCUUCUAUCGAUCCCGGUUUUCAGGCAUGGUGAGAAAAAGAGCCUAUAUAUUUGAUGGUUUUGGAAACUAUUACAACAAAGAAUGGGAUCUUGCUGAAGGUAGAGAUAAUGAAUUCUGUUGGUACCAUGUAGAACUUCCAAAAACUAAUCAGAAACUUUCACAAUCUGCGCAAUGGCUCAUUGAUGUUCUUUGCCCUCCUUUGAAACUUCAAGACAUUUUGUCACUAGUUAGCAAUGGACCAUAUUGUAAUUAUGUUGAUGGGGCACUUGUGUUUAGAGUUAAUUCUCCUGGUCCUCCUUCUAGUGAUUUUACAUUUAGAUUAGCUACUAGAGUUACUGAGAAUUCAGUAAUUACCGUGUCAUUAGGCCGUGUUCCAAGAUUGGGUUUCUCACCAAUGAGUGAGUCUCUACUCUCUGAGAUUCCUAGUGUGGAGACUCCCACUCACCAGGAGGGGGAGGAAACGGAUCAGGGUGGAAUUGUGAUUAAGGAGCAUGUUCUUGAGUUCUUACUAACAAUGAACCACUCCGAGGAGGGUGAUAAUCCUGUACCAAGAACUGUCUCAAACCUUGUUGCUCACAUAAUCGACACACAUGUAGAUCACCUUCAAGAUGUUGUGACUAAACUAGAGAUAGAGUUAGAUGCUGUGGAGAUCGAACUUGACAAAGGUAGUUUUACUUUGAAGAAGCAAAUGCUAGAUGAUAGAAGAUUCCCCAAAAUGCAUCUGAAUCUUCAGCGUCUGCUGCAGGUGAUUGCACAUGGGGAGCAAGUAUUUCCACGUGUGAAAGAAAAAUGCUCUUUUAAAAGAUGGUUUGCCCAUGAAGACAUUAAUUCCAUAGAAGAGUUAAUUGGACAAUUGAGGAGGCUAAAAGAGAAUGUGGGAUUUAUUGCAAAUCGAGUUACAGCAAUUCAGGCAGGUCUGGAUAGCUGGCAGUCCGAGCAAAUAAAUAAAAAACUGUACUAUCUUUCAUUCGUUUCGAUUGUGUUCCUUCCACUGUCUAUAAUUACUGGAGUGUUUGGCAUGAAUGUGGGAGGAGUUCCAUGGACAGGGCAAGAUGAUCCAGAGUUGCAAGAUGGAUUCCAAAAUGUAAUGCUGCUAUGUCUGGUUAUGCUAGUUCUCCUGCUCAUGUGUUUCCUUUUCCCUUCAGUUUUCGGCUGUUUAGCUUCCUGGAAGGGUAGAUUGGCUGUAAAAAGAAGCUGGUCCUUCAACAGGAAGUCAUUUCUCUACAGAACUGAUGGAGAUUCAGAAAGAGGUGGUUAUCUUCGCAUUUGAGCGAGUAACCAACACUUGUUUGAACAAAAUAUCACUGUGCAUAUCGGUUCAAAUUGAUUCACCUGAGCUCUUGAAAAAGAACUUCUCAUGCGAGUCCUUGAACCGAUUUGAUCCGACUGGUGGUUGAAUGACAUAUCCCCUCUCACAUAUAGACAAUGAGCAGAAAAAUUGUUGAUCUUCUGCUUAGAAUUGCAAAUUUUAACUCAAAUGUUCAGUAUGGUUUUUAAAUUGAUUGUGUUAGGAUUCUACAUGGACUGUAAUUUACUGAUUUUUUCUUUUUUUUCUUCUUCUUUGAACAUUGAACACUGUACAGUUUUAACAUCUAUCUUUCUGAACACAUGUAAUUUCUUUUUUUUUUUCUUUUUUUUUUUUAUCACUGUACAGUUUUGACAAUAAAAUGAAAUUUUCUUUUUUUUACUUCUUUUAAA